AUGGUUUCAGCCCAAUAUGGAAGACUUGGAUAUUGGCAAGAAAGAUACUUGCACAAAAAAGAGCAAUUCGAUUGGUACCAAAAGUGGUCAGGCAUAAAAGACAUUAUAACCCAAUAUAUCAAAUUUAAUGAAAAAAUUUUAAAUGUUGGCUGCGGGAAUUCGAAACUUGCAGAAGAUAUGCAUAAAGAAGGCUAUCAAUAUAUCAUGAAUAUUGACAACUCUCCUAUUGUGAUUGAUGAUAUGAAGUCCCUAUAUCAAGAUAAAGAAGGCAUUGAAUUUGACUGCAAAGACGUGAUGUCAAUGGAUUUCGAUACAGGCAGUUUUGACGCAGUAAUUGAUAAAGGGACUUUAGACUCAAUUCUCUGUGGUGACCGGUCAAAUAUCAUGGCAAAAAGAAUGUUAACACAAAUACACAGAGUGCUAAAGCCAGAUGGGAUUUAUGUAUCAAUAAGUUAUGCGCCACCUGAAAACAGGAAUAGGUAUUUUAAGCAGCCAGAGUUUUCUUGGAACGUCUUUGAGUAUCAAAUUGCCAAGCCUGUGCUAUCUGCAACUGCAGCUAUGACAAAAGAAGAAGGAAGCACUUCUCACUAUAUUUAUGUCUGCAUCAAGAAAAGGAAUAACUUUAUUGAUGAAGGCCGAUAA